AUGACCCACUCCCUCUUCCUCAGCUUCUCCCUCCUCCUACCCGCUCUGCUCUCCCUGUGCGGCCCUGCUCACGCUGAGCCUCGCCGGCCCACCUCGCCUCUGCGCAGGUCGCCACGUGCGCCCGCCGCCAAAGUGCGCCUGGCGGGCAACUUUGCGCGGGAGCCGAACGAGGGCCGCGUUGAGGUGCUGCACAACAACACCUGGGGCACCGUGUGCGACGACGAGGUCAACAUCAAGCUGGCCAACGUGGUGUGCCAAGAGCUGGGCUUCCAGAGCGGCAUAACGUGGGCCCACAGCGCCAAGUACGGAGAAGGAGAGGGCCCAAUAUGGAUGGAUAAUGUUCGCUGUGAAGGCUCGGAGAAGUCCCUGAAGGACUGCAAACACAACGGCUGGGGGGUGAACGACUGUAAACACGCCGAAGACUUGGGGGUGGUGUGCACGGCCGAGCGCAGGCUGAACCAGACGGCCAGCCGGGGCUACACUGGUGCCAUCAGGCCCAACGGCAGCCCCGCCCCUCAGUGGCAGGGACAGGUGGCCACCCGCAGGCAUCCAGGAUACGGCUACUACGGAAACGGGCAUCCGGAUGAGGUCCCACGGUUCCAGAGACACCACCAGAACCAGGGCAAGGUGCGAAUCGAGGAGGUCCGUCUUCGUCCCAUCCUCAUGGCUACCAAGAGGAAGAACCUGAUCACGGAGGGUGUGGUGGAAGUGAGGCAUGCUGGGAGAUGGAGGCAGGUCUGUGACCAGGGUUGGAGUCUCAACAGCAGCCGGGUUGUGUGCGGGAUGCUCGGCUUUCCAGAGGCUACGCAACACAACGUUAAAAUAUACAAGAAAAUAUGGGAUACCAAGGUGGCAGAUCCUUCAACGAGAUUGAGCGUCAUGGCGAAGAAGAAGGGGUUCUGGGUAGAGAAGGUUCACUGUCUUGGUACCGAGAACACCUUGUCUGAGUGUCAUGCUCAGCUGUCCAUCCCCCGCAGUCCCACCCCUUGUAAGAACGGGAGACAUGCAGUCAUCAAGUGUGUACCUGGACCCCAGUUUGCCCGCAUGUCCUCAGGACGACCCCAGGCCCCCUAUCCAGCUGUGCCUGUGCGUCUGAAGGCCGGCCCCAGGCUGGGCGAGGGUCGUGUGGAGGUGCUCCGAGACGGUAAAUGGGGGACCAUUGUGGACCACAUGUGGGAGCGCACUGCAGCCAGUGUGGUGUGCAGAGAACUGGGCUUUGGUUCGGCCCAGGACGCCCUGCAAGGAGCCUUCAUGGGCCAAGGUACCGGGCCGAUCCAUAUGAACAGUGUCCAGUGUAUGGGCUCAGAACGCUCCAUCCUAGACUGCUACUUCCAGGAAGUCCAGCCAUGGACGUUCAAGCAUACCCAGGAUGCCUCAGUACGCUGCAACAUCCCUAAGACCGGCAUAGAGAACACGGUGCGGCUGUCUGGUGGUAGACUCCCAUCAGAGGGCCGUGUGGAGGUGUUGAUGGAGGCCGGGGGUCGCAAGCGCUGGGGCUCAGUCUGUAGUGAGAACUGGGGCAUCAACGAGGCCAUGGUGGUUUGCAGACAGCUCGGCCUGGGCUUCGCUGCCAGUGCUCAUCAGGACACGUGGUACUGGACCGGUGAACCAACUUCCGCUGAGUUGAUCCUCAGUGGAACUCACUGUGUGGGAACAGAAUUUUCCAUUCAGCAAUGUCGUCGCAACAACCAUGUCCACUGUCCCCGGGGAGGUGGUACCAAGGCUGCCGGGGUCAGCUGUUCGGAAACGGCGCCUGACCUUGUUCUGGACGCCCAGCUGGUCCAGGAGACAGCCUACCUGGAAGACCGACCCCUCCACCUGCUGAGCUGUGCCAACGAGGAGAACUGUCUGUCCUCGUCUGCUGCCAGGAUGAACUGGCCUUAUGGCCACCGACGCCUGCUGCGCUUCUCUUCUCGCAUCAUGAACCUGGGUCGAUCCGAUUUCCGACCCAAAUCUACGAGAGAGACCUGGACAUGGCACCAGUGUCACAGGCACUACCACAGCAUCGAGGUGUUCACACAUUACGACCUGCUGACUCUGAAUGGCACGAGGGUUGCAGAGGGACACAAGGCCAGUUUCUGUCUGGAGGACACGUAUUGCCCCGAUGGAGUCCAGAAGCGAUUCUCCUGCUAUAACAUGGGUGACCAGGGUAUUUCUGUGGGCUGCUGGGAUACCUAUCGCCACGACAUUGACUGUCAGUGGGUUGAUGUGACGGAUGUACGGCCUGGAGACUACAUCUUUCAGGUGGAAGUAAACCCUUCGAUGGACAUGGCUGAGUCUGACUUUAUGAAUAACGUCAUGAGAUGUCGGUGCAAAUACGAUGGCCACAGAGCGUACAUGUAUGGAUGUCAUGCAGGUGAUGCAUACAGUGCAGAGAUUGAAGACCUGUUUGAGCACCAGAGGCAAAUCACCAACAACUUUGUGUAG